AGGGCUCCUGUCAGUCUCCAGCCCUCCUGGCAGGAAGAAGAGGUAGCCCGACCCCUCAACAGCCCCUCCCCCAGCCUUUUCCCACAUUACUUCCCCAGAGUCCCUCUUUUGCUCAGCUUGGCUCCCCGCUGGCUGGCCCCAGAGGCUUCUGGACCGGGAACUGCACCACCCUCCUCUCCCAGCAAGGGGGCUCCAGAGACUGCCCCAGCCAGGAAGUCUGGCUGCCUGGGCACUCGGACAGUCUCUCGGUAAUGUCCAAGGCUCCAGGGAGAGAUGUCCCUGUGGCUAGCCGCCCCGGUGACUGGUGUUUCUCCUGACUCUGCACUGGAGCUGUGGGAACCAGGAACGCAAGAUGCAGGCCGCGAGUGCCUGGGAGGCAGACCCUACAUGCUCACAGAGGAGGCGGGCGCGCCCCAGCUGGGCGGGGGCACUUUGGGGCUCCGUCUGGAGGCAUCAGAGCCCACAGCCCUGCUCCCAGGGUCAGAGUCCCCUCCAGAGUCCACAGAGGUCCGUCCACAAAAGCGGAAAAAGGGGCCAGCCCCCAAAAUGCUGGGCAAUGAGGUGUGCAGCGUGUGUGGGGACAAGGCCUCCGGCUUCCACUACAACGUGCUGAGCUGCGAGGGCUGCAAGGGCUUCUUCCGGCGCAGCGUCAUCAAGGGGGCCCGCUACGCCUGCCACAGUGGGGGCCGCUGCCCCAUGGACACCUACAUGCGCCGCAAGUGCCAGGAGUGCCGCCUGCGCAAGUGCCGCCAGGCUGGCAUGAGGGAGGAGUGUGUCUUGUCAGAAGAACAGAUCCGCCUGAAGAAACUGAGAAGGCAGGAGGAGGAACAGGCUCAGGCCACAGCUGUGCCCUCAAGGGCCUCCUCACCUCCCCAAGUCCUGCCCCAGCUCAGCCAGGAGCAACUGGGCAUGAUUGAGAAGCUGGUGGCCGCCCAGCAACAGUGCAACAGACGCUCCUUUUCGGACCGGCUUCGAGUCACGCCUUGGCCCAUGGCACCGGAUCCCCAGAGUCGGGAGGCCCGGCAGCAGCGCUUUGCCCACUUCACCGAGCUGGCCAUCGUCUCUGUGCAGGAGAUUGUCGAUUUUGCCAAACAGCUGCCGGGCUUCCUGCAGCUCAGCCGGGAGGACCAGAUCGCCCUGCUGAAGACCUCUGCGAUUGAGGUGAUGCUUCUGGAAACGUCUCGGCGGUACAACCCUGGGAGUGAGAGUAUCACCUUCCUCAAGGACUUCAGUUAUAACCGGGAGGACUUUGCCAAAGCAGGGCUGCAGGUGGAGUUCAUCAACCCCAUCUUCGAGUUCUCCAGAGCCAUGAAUGAGCUGCAGCUCAAUGAUGCCGAGUUUGCUUUGCUCAUCGCCAUCAGCAUCUUCUCUGCAGACCGGCCCAACGUGCAGGACCAGCUCCAGGUGGAGAGGCUGCAACACACAUAUGUGGAGGCCCUGCAUGCCUACGUCUCCAUCCACCACCCCCAUGACCGACUGAUGUUCCCACGAAUGCUGAUGAAACUGGUGAGCCUCCGGACACUGAGCAGCGUCCACUCAGAGCAAGUGUUCGCUCUGCGCCUGCAGGACAAGAAACUUCCCCCGCUGCUCUCUGAGAUCUGGGAUGUGCAUGAAUGACUGUUCUCGCCCCACCAUCAGUUGUUGUCUGGGCUGGAGGGGUGAGGCCCGGUGGCUGCCCCCCCCCAGAGGUGGAGCAGACUGAGAAGGGCAAACAUUUCCCCGAGCUGGGCAAAGGAGAGCCUCGAGUGACAUUAAAGAAGAGUCAAAACCUUGGGAGUGCGGGUCCUGGUAAAACGGUGCUCCGUUUGAAGACUGUACUGGCCCAAGCAAAAGGACGAACCCAGGGGCCACUUUGCACAAGAUUCUCCCGGGCCCUGCCCAUCCUGCCUCCACCACUUCCUGUUUUCCCCUGUAGGGCCCGGGAGAGAAUUUCUCCACUGU